AGAAGUUCCUCUUCAUAACACUUCAUCUUUCAUUCAUACGCCCUUCAAGACUUGUUUCAGGUGGAUUUCACUGGAUCAAGUUAAAGUUAUGGCUGACACAGCUCUGCAGUCUGGGAAAGGUGGUUCCUGUCCAGAGUUAAGGAUUGUUGUAAUUGGUGGAAGAAGUAAAAAUUCUACUGGAAACUUGAUACUCGGUCAAAAUGUUUUUGACACCAGCAAUAGAACUGCUCAAAGUACAGCGAGACAGAGAGAGGUUCACGGCAGACUAGUGACUGUGGUUGAUACUCCAGGAUGGUUGUGGGGAUAUCCACGAGAAAACACUCCAGAACUGGACCAGAUAGAAAUCCAGAACAGUGUCCAUCUUUGUCCUCCAGGUCCUCACGCCUUUCUUCUGCUCAUUUGUGUUGAGUUUAGUUUUCCUUCGAUGGUCCAAUCAUCUCUAAAAGAACACUUGGAACUUUUUAAUGCAGAUGUGCUCAGACACACAAUUGUGCUGUUCACUGCAUUUUCCCCACAUAAAGAGGAAAACAUUCAAAGUUUUAUAGAAGAUUACCCAUCAGUUCAGCAGAUUCUUCAACUAUGUGGAAACAGAAAACAUUUUCUUCAUAUCAGUGACAGCGCUGACAGAACCCAAGUCUUGGAGCUGUUCAGGAAAAUUGAAGAACUGGUUACAAAUAACCUCAACAAUCCUUACUCAGUGGAUGAAACUCAAGGAAUCAUUUUGACACAAGAACUUCAAGGUUUUGUAGAAAAUGCAUCAAGAAGACGCAACAAAGUGCAGAAAAAAAGACAGAAACUCAGAGCUCUGAUUGAAGGUAUCAAGAACCCCCCUGAUCAUUUAAAGUUGGUCAUAGUUGGUCCUCAGUGGUCGGGCAAGAGUUCAGCUGGAAAUAUUAUUAUAGGAAAAGAUGCAUUUGAAGUGAAUAAAAACUGGGAUGGUCCAAGAACAGCACAAUGUGAAAUAGAUCACGGUGUGUUUGCAGAAAGACGACUUACAAUUGUAGAUUCUCCAGGCUGGAUUUACAACCACACCCUUCAGGACACCAGUGAGAUGGACAAACUAGAAAUAGAGAAUAGUUUGUAUAUGUGUCCUCCAGGACCACAUGCAGUUCUCCUUGUUAUUGUUCUUGGAACUGCAGUUAAUUCAACGUACCAGAGAUCAGUUCAGGAUCACAUGAGUCUGUUUGGAGAUGAUGUUUGGAAGCACACAAUCAUUCUGUUUACAAGAGGAGACUGGCUUGGAGUGAAGACUGUAGAGGAGAGGAUAGAGAGUGAUGAAGGGCUAAAGUGGCUGGUGAACAAAUGUGAGAACAGAUAUCAUGUCCUGAACAACCUGGAGCCCAAUAAUAGAGAACAAGUAAAGGUUCUCCUGGAGAAGAUUGAGGAGAUGUGGGCAGAAAAUGAUGAUCCUUAUUAUGAAGUCGACCAGAGAAGAGCAGCAGAAAUGGAGACUCUGAGAGAGGAUGCAGACAAAAGAGCCAAAAAGAUGAAGAAGAUCAUUGAAAGACAGUCAAGAGUACUGAAAGAAAUCUUUAAAGAGGAGAGACAGUCACUCAGUGAGAUCAGAGUUGUUCUGUUGGGUCAGAAAGGAUCAGGAAAAAGUACUGCAGGAAAUCGGAUUCUGUUCAUGGAAAAAUUUCAAGAAUCAUUAGACACAGCUUGUAUUAAGAAGGACAAUGAAGAUCAAAGAGUUUCUGUGAAACAUCGAGGAGAUUUUGAUGGAGUUAAAGUCUCAGUUGUUGAGGCUCCAGGCUGGUACAAAGACACAAAAGCUCCUGACUGGCUCAAACAUGAAGUUCAUCGUAGUGUUUCCAUGUGUGAUCCGGGGCCUCACGCUUUUCUCCUGGUUGUUCCUGUUUGUAAAUCAUUCACUCAAAAUGAUCUCAGAGAAUUUGUUGAGCUCCUGAAGCCCUUCACUGAGAAAGUGUGGGCACACUGCAUGGUUCUGUUCACAUUGGGAGAAUGGCUCGGUAAACACUCAAUAGAGGAUCACAUUGUCAGAGAAGGAAAAGCUAUUCAGGAGUUGUUGGUAAAGUGUGAUAACAGAUACCAUGUUUUCUGCUUGGAAGAUUCUGAUAUUCCAGUCAAAGAUCUGCUCCAAAAAGUUAUUGACAUCUCAACACGAAACAGGGGAUGUUUCUCACAUGAAGACAAACAAAUAAAGCCAAGUUUUUUAUCCCAGCAAAAUAAACAGCCAAUGGUGGCAGAAGAGGAGUGGAAGAAGAGAGAACAGAUGCUGAUUGACAGAAUGAUGAGAGUUUUUGCGGAUGAACCAGAUGAAACAGGAAUACAACCUGUGAAGGUGGCACAAAGCAUGGAUGAUUUUGUUAUUCCUGACAUGAGUGGAGACGCUAUGUCUGAAUAUGGGAGCAUCUCAGGACUUCGAAGAGGACACAGAAAUGUUUCUGAAUGGUUGAAACAACGUACCAGAUUCUCUGAUGUUACCUCUGGGAUCUACAACGCUUCUUCAACAGCAAGUUGUGUGGAGGAGUUUGAUGAAUAUCCUACAUUGGAACAAGAUUAGCUGAACAUCGAUCCACUUCCAGAAAAGAAAGAAAUCACUGCAACUUUCAGAGCUUUUCUAAACACGACAAAUAUUCAGUGCAGACAUUCAUUUUAAACCACACAGACACAGAACUGAAACUAAAAUACAGAACAGAGGAAACUUAAAAAUGAUAAGGAUGUUGGUUUCUUACAUUCAUUUGAUACAACUACUACAGAUUUACUUUUUUAAAACACUUAUCAUUAGUCUUUUAACACCUUUUUAAAUAGCUAAACAUCUUUUUUAUAUUUAAUAUUUGUUUUCUUUUGGUCUUUGAUUUUUUUUAACCAUAUAUUUAAGUGGUAACUUUCUGUUGUAGAAUAUUCCUCACGUUUUUUUCUUUUUUUAUAUUUAAUUUUUUCUUGGAAAGUUAGAUUACAUUAUAAUUUAUUGUGCACGCUUGUCCACAUCUUAUGUCGUACCAUGCCGAUCAUUACAAUAAGAGAAAAAAACCCAUAAAAUAAUUAAUAAAACAAACUAAACACACACACAAAAAAUUUGAAAUGUGAAUCGAACAUUGAAAAAUAUAAUCGAAAGUAAAGCUAACCAAACAAGGCUCAUAUAGGGGCCACAUAAAGACUAGCAUUAAAGUUUAAAGACUGCACAAUCCAAAAGUUAGUUUAUAAAGUUAAAAUCUGACCAGGUUGGUUUGGAAUAUUCUGUCCAUUUUGACCAUACUUGAUUGAAUUGAUCUGUCCGUAUUUGUAUUGAAAAUGAGAGUUUCUCCAUCGUGUAAAUACUAUUGAUAAUUGUGAUCCACGCCUUUAUUGUUGGUGGUUCCCUGUUGAUCCAUCUUUUAGUAAUUGCUUUUUUACUCGCUGCCAGCAGGAUGUAUACAAGUUUUACUGUCUGAUAGGCUAAGACCUUCAUGAGUCCAGUUACAAAGAAAAUGGGAAAUCAAUCAUAAACACAUUCUUUAGGUGUUUGUAAAUUUCUCACCAAUAAUUUUGAAUAACUGAACAGCUCUAAAAUACAUAAAAAUGAUCUGCUCCACUGCUUCCACAUCACCAACAUUCAUCUACAUUAUUUUGAUGUUUCUUCUGUACAGGGGUGAUAAAAAAUCUUGUGACAUUUUUCCAGCAGAAUUCACACCAUGAGUUUGAACAGGUGGUGGUCCACUGCACAUGGCAUAUCCUUUCCCAACUUUCUUGAGUGAUUGAUAAACUUCCUUCUUUUUCCCAUUUUUUCUUUAUGUAACAUGUGUUAUGCCUUCCACUCUGUAUCAUGCCAUUGUAUAGCUUAGAAAUGAUUUUGGUUGGUGAUUUUGUUUUUAUUAAUGACAUAAAUAUUUGUUUAAAAAAAACAUGGUCUUCUAUAAGAAUUUUAGUGUUAUGGUUGAAGUAGUGCCUGAGUUGUAAAUACCUGAAAAAGUCCACUUGGUCAAGAUUGUGUUUU